GCGAGCCGAGUCUCAGCGCGCCUCCCCUCUCCCCCCGCCCAACCUUGCUCGCGUCGGAGGGCGUCCCGAUCGCGGAACCAGCUCGGCCACGCCUAUCUCUCUCUCCGGUAUCAACCGGUUAGUUCAUUUGUGAAGGAAGCCGGCUACAGCAAUGUUCUCCUUGGCCCAUGGUCUAUGGAAGUACAUUUUUAACAAGACCGAGUUCCAUGUUCUCAUUCUUGGCGUCGACAAGGCCGGGAAGACGACAUUAUUGGAAAAGGUGAAAUCAACUUACCUGAAAGGGGAAGGACUUCCACCUGAUCGUAUUGUUCCUACUGUUGGACUUAACAUUGGACGCAUUGAGGAUUCAAAUGCAAAACUUAUUUUCUGGGAUCUGGGAGGUCAGGUUGGUCUACGGACGAUCUGGGAAAAAUAUUACCAAGAGGCCCAUGCCAUAGUAUAUGUCAUGGAUGCUGCAGCUGAAUCAUCAUUUGAAGAUGCCAAAUCUGCCUUGGAAAAGGUUCUUCGCCAUGAGGAUCUGAAAGGGGCACCGGUCCUGUUAUUUGCCAACAAACAGGAUUUACCUGGAGUUAUCUCUGACGAGGAAUUGAGUAGACGUAUGCACCUUAAAGAGCUAAAUGAUAGGCCAUAUAGAUGUCAGGCUGUAUCUGCUUAUGAUGGGAGGGGGAUUAAAUCUGGUAUAGACUGGCUGGUGGAACAGAUGGAAAGAAGUAAACGCACUGAGCUUCUAAGGGAGCGCGCAGGUGUAACUGGGCAGAUUUAGAAUGUUGACAGGCAUUUCUGAAAGAGCGCAUCAUGUGAUGCAGAUGGCUUAUAAUCUGCUUGAUUUUGCGUCCCGGCGACAAUUUUCGGCUACAAGGUUAAAUCCUUCCAGACUGCCUAGGAACGUGGAGCAAAUUGUUUAGGUUGUGCAGCUCUUGUGCUGUGUUGAUGGUGAUAUGAUUCAUUUGGUUUUUGCGCAUGGCAUUCUUCUGUAUCUAAAGAUCCAUUUAGGAGUUGUGUUCAUAUGAUUGCAUCAGGAAAGUUUCCGUAUAGAGGGGUCAAAGAGCAGUGUGCUCCAGUCAUGUUCUUUGUGAAUGGUAAAAGAAAGAGAGAAUGAAUCUAUUGUAAUUGGUUGUUAUAACCUCUGGACUUGAAUUAUAGAGCUUGAAACU